UACAAUGGCAUCACCUCACCUUAGAAUCGCGAUCUUGGUGACACUCUUUACCUUUUCAACCGCAACAUUUCAGCAGUGUUACGACAACAAGGAAUUUCAAAGGGAAAUGUCAAAAGAGGGAUACUCGUGGUGUACACCUCAGUAUGACCGUCUUUACGUCAAAGGAUUUCAACGGACUCUAGGAACUGAUGACUUGAGGGACUUCAGGAAAGUGAAAUGCUGCCAGCCACCUGAAUUACAUUUAGAAAAACCUUACACUUGUACGUCGGCUGACUGGGAUAUGAGUUUUUCAAGGGAAGGCUGGGCCACUUGUCCAUCAGGCCAUUUUAUUCGAGGACUCCACCGUGGAGCGGGACAUCAGCUGAACAGCAUUCAGUGGGCCACCUGUUGUAAACCUGCUUUUCACCCACACUGGUAUAAAGAGUGUUAUGAUCAAAACGUUGAAGGUGACACCAUGGAAUGCAGCAGAAAUAACUUCUACGUGGUUGGUAUCCAUCGGGGUUCUUCUCAUGCACUCUCGAGCAUCAACCAGCUCAGAUGUUGCAACAUGUACGAUGAGAAGCUCCCUCUCACAUCAGUGCUAGAAGUCAAGACGCGAGUCAUGGAUUUGACACUUGAUAACCUAGCUCUUCUGGCUAAUUAUCUUGGUUACGGUUGGGCUGCUGGUUGCAGAGGCAGACGCGCGGGGCAGGAUUUCCUACGAGAAGGUGACAGCUGGAAAGCCCACUAUCAGAAUGNCGAGGGAGGACGACUAGAAACUGACAUACAUGUUUCGAAGGAAGGCUGGGCCACUUGUCCAUCAGGCCAUUUUAUUCGAGGACUCCACCGCGGAGGAGGACAUCAGCUGAACAGUAUUCAGUGGGCCACCUGUUGUAAACCUGCUCUUCACCCACACUGGUAUAAAGAGUGUUAUGAUCAAAAUGUUAAAGGUGACACCAUGGAAUGCAGCAGAAAUAACUUCUACGUGUCAUUAAGUCAAUUUCAAUAUGACCAGUAUUUGAUAAUGCUAGAAUCUUUACUUCACUUCUCUUUUGCAGAGAAGCUCCCUCUCACAUCAGUGCUAGAAGUCAAGACGCGAGUCAUGGAUUUGACACUUGAUAACCUAGCUCUUCUGGCUAAUUAUCUCGGCUAUGGUUGGGCUGGUGGAUGCAGAGGCAGACGCGCGGGGCAGGAUUUCCUACGAGAAGGUGACAGCUGGAAAGCCCACUAUCAGAAUGGAUGUGAGGAUUACAUGUCAACAAAUCGUCUGAAGAUCGUUUACGAGAACUUUUCACUCAAGGUAAAGAACAUUGAUUACCUAGAGCCAGAAAUUCAAUCAAUGACACCCAUUAUACAAGAUGUUGGAGCGAUAAAUAAUCAAGAUUCCUCAGGAGUAGACACGACCAUAGCUCGAGAAAUCAAAUCUGUUCGCACCGUGACACACUCGUCUUCCACAAGGUUCAAGUCUGGAUACGGAGUUUCAGUAACGCUCAGUUACCAGUCUCCUGGAUUAAUAGCUGGGGCUGCCGCGGGAACCUUGAAAGGGUCAAUCACCCUGUCAGGCGGAAGUGAAGGUGCUGUACUGAACACAGAUGAGAAUGGCAAGAUAAAAUGGGACAUUGUGCGAGUUAAGGAGAGGCAAACAACAGAAGGCAACGCGGGAUCAUCCUACCGGAUUACAACUUCUCAGAAGAAAGUCAAUGUACCUUACAAAGCCACCAUACAAGUCCAAUUUACUGCCAGGCUGGAAGGCUUUCUCAUUUGGGGUGGUGGAGUCAACGGAGACAAUCCCAACUACCAUGAGACGUACCGAGGCUCAGAAGAUCGACCUUCCUUUCCGUACACUAUCGGCACGGCCACCAAUCCCUUUUAUAAGUUCUUGAAGGAGAAGAGUCAGCGAAAUGACAGUCCUUGGCUUUGGCACCUGCUAAAACAGAACAUACCAAACGCACAGAACGUUAUCGACAAGCUGACUGAUGAAAGUCUGUAUGAGUUCGAGCUCCAUGGCACGUUUCAUGACGUGGGAGGCUUGGAUUUCAAUGUGCAGUGGGAUGAUAAACCAGUUGCAAAUGUUGGAAGUGCUAAUGCAACACUCACUGCUAAAAAGGAACUGUCGUGAGAUAGCCGUGACUAUUUUCUUUAUGAUGUCUCAUUUGAUCAGUCAAAUUAAAACAGCGAAUCGAAACUUGUUGUGUUUAAAUUUGAUUGAUAGUCUGCAUUCUUGUAAAAUUGCUUGUUGGAAUGCAAGCCAAAGUCAUGGUAACAACUUAACUAAACAAUAGAUCGCGAAGCCGUUUUUUCUUGUGCGAGUUUGCAGCUAUACCAUAAUUAAUGCCCUAUAAAUAAAGAGACUGUCCUAGUAUUAAGCAAGUUCCCGUUCACAAUACACCGGAGAAAUUUGAAAACGCAGUUUUAUUACUACGGUUACUGUAUACCUUCCAUAAGAAUUGGUCACGAAACGGAACUUUUCGAAAACGUUUUUCAA